CGCAAGCUGCAUGCCUGUCUCCCUGUGUGCACGCUUUGUUCUGGCGGCUGGCAGGCUGGCACUCACCCGCCCGCACAAAGCGCUGCUCCCGGUGCAUGUUGCCGACACAGCCCUGGCACGGAGCUCCCAGGCUCGCAAGCAGCCCGUGGGCACAGGCAGCCCCAAUCCCUCCCUCUCCGCGUAGUGCUCCGUCGGGGGCUAGCCCAGCUCACGGCGGCCGGACAAGCAAGUCCCCUGGGACCAUGCUGGGCUGCCCGGUGCUGGGGGGCCCUGGGCAGCGGGGGGCACCAGGCACUGGGCACCUGCAGAUCUGCAAGCGGACGGACCUGCUGGUGGUUGAGAUUAACACGGUCUCUUGUUGCAGCCACAGCAGCGCCAUGGAUCCAGGGCACUGGCCUGCGCGGGGCCCCGGCACCCCCUGGAUCUACCGGAGCAUCUCGGGGGAGUACGCGUGUCGGGAGAAGCACUUUGAGGCUGAGCUGUGGCCAGCCCUGCGGCCGGGGCCCCGUGUGCACCAGGACUCCACGUGGAGCAGGUCGAUUCCUCUGCCCCAGUCGCCCUCCAGCGGCAACCCCCGGGGCCUGCGGCUGCUGGGGAAGGGGGUUCGAGGAGACCGCGACGCCCCCAGCGAGAGGAAGCCGAGGGGCAGCUCGGAGGGCAGGAGGGGCUCGGGCUGGGCGGCCCCCCUGGAGAGGAGGGGGCAGGGGGCAGCAGCCAGCAUCCUGGGCAGGAGGUGGCUGGCAGGGAGUGCCAUGGAGGUGCUCCCAGCCGGGCCCCCCAGCUAUGAGACCCACAUGCUAAGGCGGCUCCGGGUGGGGCAGGGCAGCCGCAAGUCGAACGAGCCGCGGCCCCCACCCUACAUCUCACCCCCUGCCUAUGACGCGCCCCACCGCACCCUCCCCACCAAGCGGCCCCGCGCCGCCCCCGCGCCGCCGGCCGCCAAGCGGGGCCGGGCAGCACCCCAUGGGAAGGGGCCCGCCGGGGGCAGCCCAGAGCCUGCUCCUGGCUCACGUGGCCCCCAGCAGCGACUGGCCAGGCUCCCCCAUGAGGUCCUGGGUGGCUGGAGCUACCAUGCGGGAUCGGGCUCCCUGGGGCGCCGCACUGGGUCGGGGCUCUUGUGCCUGGGGCUGGAGGGUGCAGUGCAGUCCACGGCCCGGGGCGGCUCGGCUGAGUCCCUCUUCCACCCACUCUCCAGCCCAGACAGUGGCAGCCACACACUGCCCCGGGCAGCCGGAGGGGCUAGCAGGGCCCGCAGCUCCGGGGGCUGGGAUGCAGCAGGGCCCGGCUCUGCCCCAGGCCGACAGCGACUCCCCUCCGGCUGGGGCUUUGGCUACGCAGCCAGCUCCACGGGCAGCACCAGGAGUGGGCAGAGGGAGGGCUGGGAGCAGAGAGGCCGGCCAGAACGCAGGGCACCCCCCUCUCCCUGCCCCGUGGGGCAGGCACCUGGCCAGGCCCCCACAGCCGGAGGCCAAAGCCGUCAUGGGGGCAUCUUUGUGAUCGAUGCCACCUGCGUGGUGAUUCGCGCCAAGUACAUCCCACCCCCAAAGCGAGAGCAGGUGCGGCUUCUGGGGUCCCCCCCGCCCCGGGACCCAGCCUCUCCAUGCCAGAGGCUGCUCCUGGCCAGCCGACCCCACCUUGGAGCCUCCGAGCGGGCAGCAUGGCCCCCACUCCCUUCCCCCGGUGACGGCUCCCUGGGGGAGAGGGCGGCUCGGCUCUUGGGGCUCCCCAUGGCUGAACUGGGCCUGGAGGAACCACAGGGGGCCUGUGCCCAGCAGGAGAACCCCGGGCACUGGAGCCAGCAGGUGGGAGCAGAUCUUCCUGGCAGCCCGGAGCGGCUGGUGGGGGGCCCCAGAGUGCAUGGGCUGCCCAGCCCGGCCGCUUCCCCCAAAGAGCUGCCUGGGGUCCCGGGGGACAGCACCAAUCCCUCUGUGGAGCCGGGGCCAGGUUGGGGCAGGGAGGCUCCUGGGAACGGUUCCAGUCACGGUGAGCCGCAGGCCCUGCCCCCUCGAGCCCGGCCCUGUGCCAAGCGCCCGGCGCUCUGCACCCGCGACCUGCGCGAGGCCGUGUCCCGCAUCCGCCGCCACACGGCGCCCGACUCGGACACGGACGAGGAGCCCGAGGGCCUGGCCCCGCACAGCCACAUGGCCUGGAGGGGGCGCCCUCGCCAUGAAGCCCUGGCCUGCAGCAGCAGCAGCCUGGAGAGCAGUGGCUCCGACGCCACCGUGGUCCCAGCUGGCGAGGGGGCGCCCCCGGGGGCAGUGCCAGAGGCUGGGGAGCCAGGGCAGGAGGCCUGGGGUGGGGGCCAGCAGGGGUUGGAGAUGAGCAGGGCAGCGAAGCCCAGAAGUGGGUGAGGGCGAUGGAGGGGGCCUGCCCUGCUCGUGCGCCCUGCACUUUCCUCCCCUCACCCCUGCCCACCUCUCUCCUUCUCACAUAUUUAGGAGGGGUGGGCCUGGCAGGGCGUGCCCAAGAGGGGCGGGGCCUAGUGGGAUGGGGCUUGAUGGGGCAGGACCAAGCCUGGCAAUUCAAAUACCCCUUAGAUUUGGGAGGACAAAGUUGACCCCCAGAAGGGCUCAUCACCAGGGUGGGGCUGGGAGCCCAGCGGGGUGCAGAGAGCUGACUGAAAGGGGAGAACCAGCUUAGACCCAGCUAGGACCCCUGGGCUGCGCUCCUGUGUAGCCUGAGGCGGGUGCCCCUCCCCAGUGGGGGUCAGGACAGGCCCAUCAGAGCCAGCAUGGCAUCCCAGCCCUAGUGCCCUUCCUGCCAGAGCCGUAACAAGGCAUUUUGGCACCCGGGGUGAGUGCGUGUAUUUGCACACACGCCCAUCGGGUUUUUUCAUCAUUUCCCCCCCAUGGCUUUGCACCCUGGGCAGCUGCCCUGCUCACCCUGCCCUGGAUACGGCCCUGCUGGGGGGCAGUUAAUGGAGGCGUCUGUGUCUCUAUCCCAGACUCUUCUGUGUGAAUCGAACCUGCUGUAAAAUGGGCCACAGAGAAAUAAACCCCCCUGGGGGCUUCUGCCCCAACCUUG